CGCCCAGCAGCCCGGGCGGGCAGCGCGUGCCGCUCCGGCUCCAGCGGUUGUAAGGAGGCGGCGGAAGAUGCGGCAGGAGUGGCGGGCGCUCGCUUAGCAGCCGUCGCGAUCGUCGGGAUAGCCCAGCCCUGGUCAGCUCGCAACCCGCGUCAGUCAUGGGAAAGCAGAACAGCAAGCUGCGUCCAGAAAUGCUCCAAGACCUGCGGGAGAACACCGAAUUCUCUGACCUGGAGCUCCAGGAGUGGUACAAGGGAUUCCUGAAAGACUGCCCCACGGGCAUCCUCAAUGUGGAGGAGUUCAAGAAAAUCUACGCCAACUUCUUCCCUUAUGGGGACGCCUCCAAGUUUGCCGAGCACGUCUUCCGCACUUUUGACACCAAUGGCGACGGCACCAUCGACUUCCGAGAGUUCAUCAUCGCGCUGAGCGUCACCUCCCGGGGGAAACUGGAGCAGAAGCUGAUGUGGGCUUUCAGCAUGUACGACCUGGAUGGCAAUGGCUACAUCAGCAAGGAAGAGAUGCUGGAGAUUGUCCAGGCUAUCUACAAAAUGGUCUCAUCAGUGAUGAAGAUGCCAGAUGAUGAAUCAACCCCCGAGAAACGGACGGAAAAAAUCUUCCGACAGAUGGAUACCAAUAAUGAUGGCAAACUGUCCCUGGAGGAGUUCAUCAAAGGCGCCAAGAGCGACCCCUCCAUCGUGAGGCUGCUGCAGUGCGAUCCCAGCAGUGCCUCCCAGUUCUGAGCACUCCCCACUGCCCAGGAGGCUCUGGAUGAGCCCACCUCCCCAAACAGCACCCAACUUCACCGGGCGUCUCCGAGGAAGUCACCAGCCUCCUCCCGUUCCUGCUUGGACAUCGAAGCAAGGAGCACCAGCCAGUCUACUGAAGUUUUUUUCUGACUCACAGAUAUUUUUCCUUUCCCCGCUCCCUGAACACUUUAGCUUGGUGUGAAUGUGACAUGACUUGGGAUGCAGCUGAGGGGGUGGGUGGCAAAGCCGGAGUCUGCGGACCAGCCGGUCUUCUGUCAGCCCUCCAUGUUAGGGUCAGUCAAAGGGGCCGCUCGCCCACAGCUGCCUCUUCCGCUGCGCCUGCUGCUGGCCGUAUUCCCACUGCAGGGCUCCUGAGUGCGAGAGCAGCUUUUGCUGGCGAAAGCGAGGUCUGUAGCCCAAGGCACCGGCUGCAAAUGCCAACAAAGCUGAAAGGCCACUGAGGGACCCCAGUAUAUGCCUGGACAACUCCCAGUCGGGCAGCAUAUAGAUUUAAUAGAUUAGCAUAAUAAAUUAUUAAAAUGACACUAGGCCAGAUCAGUUACGUAUACGGAAGUACAAGUCUCUGCUUUGCGUUGUUUAGGAUGCCCUCAGUGGAGUAGCCCUGGUAUUUCCAACCAGGGUCUGUGUAAUGCUGAUAAGCACCCUUAGGGCUGUGCACCUGUCAAAAGUGCUUUGGGGACCCCAUGCUUCUGCGUCUCCCUGCUCUCCAUUAAAGCAGCCUUUCCUUCCUUCCUUCCUUUUCCUUCCUUCCUUCCUUCCUUCCUUCCCAGGAGCAGAGAAGCACCAGAGGUUCAAAGCAUUUAGUUUCUGCCCAGCUUUGAUCUACAUUCAGUGCCAUUUAAUGCAAACUACCUUAGCUCAUAUGCCACAGCCCAAAGCAGACCCCCUUCGUGUCAUGGCUACACCACCCCUCCUUCUACCCACCCUCAUCACACCCCUUGCCAGCCCUUUUGAUUCUGGUUUGCAGCACGGGGAGGAGGGGUUGUAUCUCACCCAGGGUUCCUUCGAUAGCCCAGCCCCUCCCCCUCCAGGCGACACAGCACCCCAAAAGGCAGCCGCCUGCAGCUUUGGGAGCAGAGGAGAGAGAGACCAGUGUUCAAAAGCUGCUUAGUGGGAGCUGCCAACCAGAGCUUGGUGUGAAAAAUGUAUGUGUAGAAUUAUUUGUUGAUUGUCUUACCUGCUUUUCAUUAUAAAACGAUCCCAACGCAGCCACAAAAGAA